AUGUUCUGGAGUCUCGUGCUGAUCCAAUCGAUCACCUUGGGGAUAUUUGUUUCAUUCAUGUGCAAGACGAUGAGCACAGGGAGCAUAAGCCCCUUGCCGCACACCAUCAUGGAUGAUAUCAGAGAACGAGAGCUCAAGUACUUCAAGACGAAGGAAGGGAUCCCUGCAGAACCUGCUGCGGUUUCGCCUUCGCAUCGUCCUGCUGGAAAGACAGCAUGGGUGUCAAGAUACCUGUAUCCUGAGCUCUGGGAUGACCUUCCUGAAGUGAAGAGGCUCCCUAUUGUGAAGAUGCCUCCUCAAGGCGAUGCCCAGAGCGCUCGUCUGCAGGUAGAGGUCCAGGGUCCUAGCAAGCCAACAGGGCAGGCAGGAGAUCCUGGUAGGCCUGGAGGCAUGGAGGGGUCAACAAGUCAGGAAGGCUCUGCCAGGUCAUCUCAGGUGCAGGGCCUGAGGGCUGAACAGCCGGCUGCUCUUACGGCUCUGAGCAUGAGCGCCUCUCCGCAGCUAGAGUGCUCCCCGUUGAAGGAAGGUUCACCCACAGCCAUGUCCCUUGACCUCACUGGGGAUCUUCCGGAGCAAAUGCUGCAGUACCUCUUCGCUCGGACAUGGGCGGCAGUGAGGGGCGUCGGGGUGAUCAAGAAGUCCUCUACUGCCCACGACCAUCUGAGGCUCUCCUACCCUGGAGUAGGAUGGAGCCAGUCGUCAGGUGUUCACCCCCCAAUGAAGGUGGACAGCUCGGUUUGUGGAGGGGUGUACAAGAGGAACUACCUGUAUCACUACAAGAGCAGGAACCUUGCCAAGUGCCUGUUCUCGGUGCCGGCCAACUUUGCAAUCCCCAACGAGGUGGUCGUGUACUUUGAAGGAAGGAACUCGGUCAGUUUCGACGCCAUGAGGGUGCAGGCCUCCCGGGAUUUUGACGUGGAGCUGAUCAAGAGGGUAAGCCCCGACGUGAUCUACUUCAAGUCGGCAAUUGAGCAUGUCAUGCGCACUCUUAAUACAGGCGCGAUGAUCUCCAUCGUCUGCGAGCCAAAGUUCCUGAUGCACCCGACUGUCCUGCAGCUGAAGCAGCUCUACAACUCCAGGGUGGUGCACGUGAACCCCUUGAAUGACAUGAACCGCGCUGUUCAUGCGGCGGCCUUCAUCGGCAGCUUUGGAGAUCUCUCUUGGAUGAGCGCCUUCCUCACAGGAGCCAAGCAGAUUCAUCUUCCUUACUGGUCGGACCUUGACGAGAAUGCUGGAGGGAAAAUUUCAGAAACUUUGGGGACUUGGCCGAAACUCUUCAUCCACGACGACGAGCGGUUGUGUUACUGGGACUUGAAUCAGCCAACUUCAUGCUCUCCUGCUCGACAGGUGCUGGCAGCUAGAACUCCGUUUGCAACUGCCGUCCUCAACAGGUCAGACGACUGCAUUUUCAGACAGCAGCAAGAUGUCAUCGCCGCUAGUGGCACGCAGAAGGAUUCGGCAGAGAAGACUUCUUCAGGAGUCGCAAUCUCAGGAGGGGGGUUGAGCACUGUAAGUGGGGCGGGGAACACUGUCACUGCCAGCUCAGGCUCAAGGCUAAAUCCGAUUGGAAGCAUACAAGAUGCAGCGGAAGCCGCAAUUGCAGCUGCCGCUGGCAGGGGGGGGGGAGCAGGAGCAGGAGCAGGAGGAGGACAAAACUUUGUUAUGAACCAUGGGCAAGGACUUGGUCAAGAAUCCAAUCGAGAUGCAGCAAAGGGUUUGCAACAAGGGCCAGUCCACGGGGUGCAGGACUUGGGGCAAGAGUCCUGCGUGACUCAGAAAGGAAACGUCCUUCUCCUUCAGAAUGUCAUGCUCGAUUCGAAGCCGCUGCAGGAGAACGUUAUCUUCACUUCGAGUCCGCACAAGUGCUGCGAGAUCUGCGGGAAGACCAACGGAUGUGCCUCCUUCACCUGGACGACAGACACGUACGAGUGUUGGCUGCGGGGAGAAGCGAAGAGCUCAAGGUUAUGGAAGGGGAUCGUGGCUGGAGAGAUGCCGAGGAGCUUUUGA